UUCGAGCAGAAUGGGGGGGAAGGCGGGCAAUGCUGAAAUGAAGACACUGCAGUUCCCGCUUUGGGAGAUGCUGGACACGGACGCGUCCCGCAUUCGUCCGGUGUGCUUGUAUGGCGUGCGCCUGGUGGGCGCUCCUGGUGCUCCCGACUUGGCACGUUUAUCUUUGUAUGAGUUCUUGCGAUGCUGGCGCGUAGAGCUGGCGGCAUUUCCACGCAGCGGAGCAGAGAUGGCAGCCGCGGCCAGCAAUGAGUACCAGGCGGAGCUGACGCUGUCCGGGAUUCAGAAGGUCCAAGGUAAAGCGAAGAAGCUAUAUCAGGUCUUCGAGAUCGGGCAGUACGCACGGCUGGAACCCGUGGACGACGGGUCAGCCAGGAACAGGUUGGAGCUCCGCAAGCGGCGAACCUUUGCACUAGACGUCUCCAUCCUGAAACACACCCCAGUCCGCCUUCACCGGCUGGUCCAGGACUGGAAAUUCCAACACCUGGCCCUCAUCGUCUCGCGCAGGAAGACCUUCUCCAGGCACAGGAAAGCGCUAGUCAACCAGGCUAAGCUCAUCCUGGCCACGCACGAGGUUGCGGCAGACCUGGACGGCCGAGCAACCAUCUGCGGCGACGAGAACCAGCUCCACCCCGCAGGCAUAUCGGACCGAACCGCGGCGAUGGGCAUGUCCCUCUCGGUCCUCAAGCGCUUCCGCGACUCCCUAGGGGCCAAUCCAACCUACAACGUGCUCCCCGACCGCUGUUUCCGCAUGCGCGACCGUAUUCGCGUGCUCCUGGUGCACGAGAGGUCAGCCGAGGAUGGGAUCGUGGCGGUCAUGGGCGGGCGCGUGCGCAGUGCAGCCGCGGAGUCCCAGAUGAACCUUCUGGCUGCGUGGGCAGCGAAGAACGGGACUGACCCACCGUCGAGCGCCAGCGCGCUCGUGCAGCCCCCUGACAGCCGCGCCCGCAGGUCCCGCAACGCGCUGAAAGGGCCUGCCGCGCAGGGCCUGCCGCCCUUCGCGGAGUCGAGGACGCGCGCUUUUCAGGCCAUGCAAUGGAACGCAACGUGGUUUUUCCGGUGGUGUUUGGUCGACCUCUGGAACGCGCGGCCCUCGGACGUGGUCGAAAUUCUAAGCAGCGACGGCGUCGAGGCAUGCCCAGACCCCCCGCCUAGGCGUCAGUGGGGGCCGGCGCCUCCAGCAUCUGCCGGAGACCCGCUCCCGGGGAAGCCGCCCGCGCCCGCGCGAGGUAUCCUCCACCUCGCGGAUUCGCGGGGCCAGGAGUGGAUGCGCGAGGCGCUCGCUGCAGAGUUGAGCCCCCGUGGGGCGUGGAAGAACGCCUGGGUCGGCGAUCCUGCCCAGGCCGCCGGCGGUCAGCCACUUGGGAAAGCAGAGCGGGCGCUAAUCGCCGUGCAGUCGGCGUGGCGCGGACAAGGCCGCGCCGAGCCCGCCGACCUCGAUCGCGCUGGCGACGGUGCGCCCCCCGCCCGGGAGAUGGGCCCCCCGGCCCGCAUGGGCACCGGGGCUCCCAGCGUUCUGCCCCAGACCCCCAUGCCCAGGCAGGCUUCCGCAGACGCCUCCCUGGACGAGCUUGACAACGACGGCCUAGUGGACUUCGUGCAGUUCGUCAGAGUCAGUUUCGGCCCGUCAGUCAACCAGCGCUGGAUCAAUCACUGCGCGCAACUCUUUAGCGAGGGCAGCAUGGCGCUGGCAGAUCAGAAUCGGACCUUCCCUGGCACCUUUCUUAGAAGCUUAUUGGGAAACGGGCAGCUGACGGGCGAGGGGCCUACUAGCCUAAACGACGGGUCUUGGCACAGCACUUGCCGCCAGUUCAUGCUCGCUCACCUGUUCGCCUGCGCAGCAGGCAGGCGCCCCUCUCAGUGGGGCGACUGCGCGCCCGCUCUCCCCAAAGGCGUCUCCGCGGCACCCUCCCUAAAGCAGGCGGAUGCCCUGCUGGGGUUCCUACGCAGGCUAGCAAUGCUGCAGGCUGGCGUCGCGUGGCAUGCCUGCUCCCUGCUGCGCAGGGGAGGUGCUUGCCUCAUCAGGCGCCAGGGGCGCGCUCUCAAUCGGAAUGGCAACCUCCUCGAGCAAUGCCACUCCUACCUAGGGUCCGACCAUCCCUGGUUGCUCGCGAGCCUGGGCAAGAACCCAAACAGGUGCAGCCGACGGCGCCUCGCGAGAUUCCUCGCCAUGCAGGGGGUGCGGGGCUUGUGGUCGCUGCAGGGCAGCGCCGCCGCGGCCAAAGCACCGCCCCGGCAGAGGUGGAGGUCGACCAUUCGCCGAGCCUUCCUGACGGCAGCCCGCGGGGCGCCGCCCUCCCAGAUCGAGGUCCCCGGGCGCGCCCCGGCGCGGAGCCUCGCGGGGCCGACCGCGGUCAAGCGCGUGGCCCACGGCCCUGCGCUGCCCUCUGCUACAGAGCGCGGGUCAG